CCCUACGACACGUGUCUCGCACGGGCUCAUCAGGGCCGUCCGAUCCUCCACGUCAGUGGCGGUUAGCGAUCGGAGGGCAACGCAGCCUCCGUCGCCUGGCUGGCUGCCAGGCGAGCAGUAUAUUUGCUGCCGCAUGCAGCUCUGCACCACCGCAACAAACUUUUCCCCUCUCUUCUCCUCCGACUCCGAGCAGACGCAGAAGCCAGAAGCAGCGGAGGACCACGGUGAGAGAGGAAAGUAAACCCCACAAUGGGUCAAGGCCAUUCUUAUCUAAAGAAGUUCACUGUCAAAGACGAGAAUGACAGAAUUAACUAUGCCACAUCAACUAUGCAAGGAUUGCGCUCGUACAUGGAAGAUGCUCAUACAACUAUCCUAGAUCUAGAUCAUACCGGGUCCACAUCAUUCUUUGGUGUUUAUGAUGGCCAUGGAGGAGCUAAUGUUGCACUGUAUUGUGCGAACCGAUUUCAUACUGAGCUUCUACGAGAUGAAGAUUACCAGAACAAUCUGGAUGGUGCAGUGCGGCACGUGUUCUUCAGAAUGGAUGAGCAGCUGAGAGAAUAUGAUGAAUGGAGAGCGUUAGCUAGACCCCGCCGCCGCCGUUUUAGUUUCAAUUUGCUAAAUUGUCUCAGGGCUAUUACUUGUGCUAAGGUUUGGUUUCCUCCAAUUGUUCUCCUUGGUCAUUCCACCUUGGCUGUUAUCACUUGUCAUAUUCCCAGAAUCAAGGGAAUCCCUUACUCUGAAGGAAGCACAGCCUCUGUGGCUCUCAUUAGAGGAAACCAAAUCAUUGUUGGAAGUGUUGGUGAUUCUCGCUGUGUACUCUCAAGGAAUGGUCAGGCAAUAGAUUUAUCCACCGAUCACAAACCAAACCUUCCGGAUGAACGUCGGAGAAUUCAAAAUGCUGGAGGACGAGUAACCAGGGAUACGCGACGUGUUUGGUGUGCAGGACAGGAAAGAGUACAGUUGGGCAGCUAUCGUGUUAAUGGGCUCCUAGCCAUGUCUAGAUCUAUUGGUGAUUUUAUCUUGAAAUCGAACGGUUUGUCUGCUACAGAACAGAUGGUGACAUGUAAUCCUGAUGUUCGCACUGUGGACAUAACUGAUGAUACUGAGUUUCUUCUUAUAGCAAGUGAUGGCAUCUGGGAUAUCUUGUCAAGUCAGGGCGCGGUGGAUUUUGUACACCAGAAGUUAGCAAGCGGGACAACAGAUCUGCGUACCAUUUGUGAGGGGCUUCUUAGCCAUUGCUUCAGGUCGAGGGACAACUCAACCGUGAUACUGGUUCAGUUCAAGCCUGCCGCCAGGAUUCCUCUUGCUCCUCCGGCCAGCGCCGCGCCAGUGGUUAACCCAAGUGCCACUGAAACUUCCAGUGCCGCCAAUCCUGAAGCUAGUGCUGAAGCCAAGGCUGACUCCGGCAGAGAGAUCGAGGAACUUGAAGGACCGCUCCUGCCUCUGUCAACAUUACCUAGCUCCUCGCAGUUGUUGUGAGUUUUGACCGAGAAGAGAGAGCUCCUGGGUCGGGGAAGCGUGCAGUGCUAUUUGGUUUCCUAUUUUUCAAAGACGACGCGGUGUGGUGCCUUGCCACUGUGUAGGAUGAUGAUACCAUGCGUAGGAGUAAUAGUCCCACUUACUCGGUGCUUCCUGGGAACUGUUUAGGAGAUUUUGCCACUUGGAUUUGGAUUUACGCACUCGGUUUUGUUUUCUACUACUCCGUACUUCUGAUGUUGGACCGACACUCUCUAUUGAUGCUAAGUGCCUUCAGAAUUCUUCUGUGCUAUGCAGUAUUAUGCCUUCAGAAAUCUUUUGUCU